AUGGCUUUUCUCGACAGACUUCCUACCAAGGAUCGUCUCCACCGUAUCGGUCUUAUUAAUGAUUGCUCUUGUCUUCUUUGUAACUCAGCAGUGGAAACUAGAGACCAUCUUUUCUUACUUUGCCCUACUGCUAUUUCUCUUUGGGAACAAAUCUUCGCUUUUUCUGGUUUGCAUUUUACAGGAUACUUAUGGGAAGAAUUCUUGGAAAUGGCGAGCUCAAACUGGAAAGGAAAAUCAUUGUUAUCUACUGUAAUGAAGAUUGCCUUGAAUGCAUUGGUUUACUUGCUUUGGGAAGAAAGGAACAGAAGACUGUAUCACGGCCGAUCAACUCCUGUUACUGAACUAGUUAAGAAUAUUAAAUCUGUUGUUUGUCUCCAACUGAAUGGUAGAAAAUUCAAUAAAGUUGAUAAUAUGAAUCUUAUUCUCUACAAUCAUUGGGGUAUUGCUGACCAAUGA